ACGGCUGUCUCGGGGGUAUGGACAACCUGGGAGAGCCUUUCCUCAACCUGGAGGAUGGUCUUGAUUCUUCGGACACCGUUGGCUUGCUGGCUUCCUGGGACUGGAAGAGCCGAGCCAGGCCCUUGGAGCUGAGCCAGGCAUCCCCCACUCAGAGCCUCUCCCCAGUUCCUUCUCUGGAGUCCUACUCUGGGCUUGCACUGCCCUGCGGGCACAGUGGGGCCAGCCCUGGGGGCGGCGAUGGCUACAGCAGCCAUGGGGCUGGUGACCUAGUAGAGCUGGACUACAGCAUGUUAGCCUUCCAACCUGCCUACCUACAAGCCGCUGGUGGUCUCAAAGGCCAGAAGGGCAGCAAAGUCAAGAUGUCUGUCCAGCGGAGACGCAAGGCCAGCGAGAGGGAGAAACUCCGGAUGCGGACCUUGGCAGACGCCCUGCACACGCUCCGGAAUUACCUGCCCCCUGUCUACAGCCAGAGAGGCCAGCCGCUCACCAAGAUCCAGACACUCAAGUACACCAUCAAGUACAUCGGGGAGCUUACAGACCUCCUCAACGGCGAUGGGAGAGAGCCCAGGCCCCAGAGCGUGUGAGUUCCUGCCCACUGGG